UUUUAAAAAUUUGUCGUGGUAGAGUUGGACCAUGAAGCCCAUGUUAUUGAUAGAAGAAAACCCUGAUUUCCUCUCUUGAUUCGGGACACCCUUUUUGCUCUUUCUCUUCUUCAUUCCGUUAAACGAUUUGAUCGUCGUCGGAGAAGGUGAGACGGCUCCGGUGGGAGCCACGAUCGGUUUGCUGGCGGAGACUGAGGCUGAGAUCGAUCGAAGAACCUCAGAGCAAAGCCGCCUCGAAAUCUUCCUCUGCCUCUCCCGUUGUUGUUCCGUCUCCUCCUCCUCCGACUGCUUCGUCUCCUGCGCCGGCGAUCGCUCAGCAUGCUCCGGUGGCGACGGUGUCUGACGGUCCGAGGAAGACUGUAGCGACGCCGUAUGCUAAGAAGCUUGCAAAGCAGCAUAAAGUGGAUAUCAGAUCCGUUGCGGGAACUGGACCAUUCAGUAGGAUCACUGCUUCUGACGUGGAGGCUGCGGCUGGGAUCGCUCCCUCCGUGGCGGCACCACCGCCUCCUGUGGUGAACGCAAGCUGCAAAGGUUUGCUCUAAGAUUGAUUUUUCAUCAAAUUAACAAGAUAUCGUUGAUCACUGAGAUCAGUCCUUUUGUUGACUUUCUUACAUUGUCUCUUUUAUCACCUGAAGACUGUAAAACCAGUUCUAUGUUAAUAUGGUCUCUCCUUCUUUUGUUCAAACUUUUUGUGAAAAUUAGAAAAAAUAAAUGUUUGAGUAAAUACAAUCAAUGGGUACACUCAUGUUUCUGAUUUUUAGGAGUUAUCGGACCUGUAACGAAACAGUGAUUUGCUAUAAAAGGUGAGUGUUUUCAUUCAAAAAUAAAAAUAAAAGGUGUGUUGCUUUUUGUAAUGUUUCCUUUGGAUUUAUAUUUAUUGACACAAUGUUGUUUUAUCAGUUGAUCUGAUUUGCUUUAAUAUUGCUCUGUCUAUACUGUGAUAGUUUAAGAUUCUUCCUGUGUGGGAGAGCAGGCCAGGUGAAGCAACAUAAAAAGCGUAGUAUUCACUACACCAAAGGAAACAGAACUUUGCCAGAUUGAUGUUCCGUUGAAAUUUACAGCGUUCAUGUAUACCAGAGUGCAUUGGUUCAAUGUUCUCUUUAAUGGAAGCACAAAGAUGGUCCACGACUGCUACUGGUCACCAACAAGGCAACAACACUUUGGUAACAAAUAAGAUGUAUUCUCUCCAGCCUAUUCAUGUCAUGGCAGGGCAAGAAAUCAGUGGUAAACUUCAUUUGGUUGUCCACAGGAAAAGUGUGGGGCCCAGCGCCGAUAAGGGUGGAAUCCUUCACACAUCAUCGUGCAAAUUCAACUUGAAGGAACCCUAUUAUAGAAUGUCUCAGCCCUCUUGCACAAGAACCACCAGCACAACCGUAAGUAAGCAUGUUGUGAUUGUUGAUACUGAGCCCGAGCUAGAGAAAUCGGAAUUUUUGGUAAUGUCUUUGGAGAAAUGUGUUAAACAGCUCGAGGAAGAAAGAGCAACAGAAGAGACUUAUCAUCAUCAGCAGCGGAAGUGUAAACUCUGAAAGAUGCAAUGCAUCUUGCGAGAGGCAAGAGAUGGGCCAAUUUAAAUAUGGGGUUGAAUUAGCAGAGACAAGCUAUUGAAUAUAUAGUAUUUAGUUUUCUUAUUUUUGUGUAUACUGGAUUUCAUUUAUUUCUCCAAAUUCAAUCAUAGUAUUUUUUUUGUUCUAAAUAAAUUAAACUAUUGAUUGAUUUUUUUUAUUUGCA